AUGGGAACAACAUUCAUCUCACACCACAUUGUUUUCCUUCACGUCAUAGCCUCAUUAUUACUUACCAGCGCAAUUGACACUUUAGGUAUUAAUCAAACUAUUGCAGACGGCGGCACACUGGUCUCCUCCGAUGGGACUUUCACGCUGGGAUUUUUCAGCCCACAAAACUCCACCGGCCGUCGUUACCUGGGCAUAUGGUACACGAUAUCUCCACCAACCGUCCUGUGGGUCGCCAACCGGGCAGCUCCAUUCCCAGAUACGCCGCACAGUACCGUGCUCCUGAGACUCACUGAGUCGGGAAAUCUGGUCCUCGUCAACGCGACCGGUGACGUCAUCUGGUCAACCAACCGCACAUCAACCACCGCUGACAGGGCACCCGUCGCCCAUCUGCUCGACUCAGGUAACCUCAUCAUCCGAGAUGCAGAUAACAAUGUUGUCCGCCACUGGCAGAGUUUCGAUUUCCCGACUGACACUUUCCUACCGGGGAUGAUGCUCGGCCGUAACCUGACGAGCAAUCGGGAGGUAUACCUGUCGUCAUGGAGGACAGAAAACGACCCAUCGCCUGGAAGCUACUCGUACCACUGUGACCCCACUGGUUAUCCACAGAACAUUUUGUGGAGUGGAUCCUACAAAAUGUACAGGUCGGGGCAAUGGAAUGGCCUAGGUUUUAGUGGGAUGCCAUACAUGAACCCGAAUCGUAAUUUUACAUUCGGAUUAACUGUUAAUCAGACCUCGGUGUUUUAUUAUUACGAACAUGUCGACCCCUCGACUAUGGUGAGGGUGACUAUGAAUCAGAGUGGUUUGGCACAGUUGCUCUUGUGGUACCCCACAACACGAAGUUGGAACGUUUUAUUCUAUGAGCCGAUGAAGAAUUGUGAUCUUUAUAACUUUUGUGGUGCGUAUGGGAUUUGCAGCGUGCAGAGUUCUCCGUUUUGCACGUGUUUGGAUAAUUUCGUGCCGAGAGAUGAGGGCGAAUGGGGACGGGAGGACUGGUCUGGCGGGUGCCUGCGGAGAACGGCUUUGAACUGUGAGGGGGAUGAGUUUUUUAAUUUGACGGGGAUUAAGUUGCCGGACCCAAAUCAUUCGUGGUUUAACAGCGAGAUUAUUGUGCUUGAGGAGUGCAGGGCAAGGUGCUUGAGGAAUUGUUCAUGUGUGGCUUAUACGCGGCUGGAUAUAAGGGAAGGCGGUAGUGGAUGCUUGCUUUACCAUGGGGACUUGUUGGAUAUAAGAUACUUUGCUGAAGGCGGACAGGAUCUUUACAUACGAGUUGCUUCAUCUGAGUUAGGACCUAAACAUCGGAAGAAGCAUGUAAUGGCUAUUGCAAGCUCGGCUUCGGUGGUGGGAGUGGUUCUCGUGUGCCUGAGCCUCUUUCUAUGUAUUUACAAGAGGAGGAAGAACAUGAAUAUGAGAAGAGAAGAAGCACUGUUCAACCGAAGCCACGGCAAAGACUCAGAAUUGCCCUUUUUCAAAUUAUCUGUAAUUCUCAGAGCUACUGACCAUUUUUCAAUCAAUCACAAGCUUGGACAGGGUGGAUUUGGACCAGUUUACAAGGGCAAGCUGGAAAAUGGAGAGGAAAUUGCUGUCAAACGUUUGUCAAAAUCCUCUGCACAAGGAGUCGAUGAGUUGAAGAAUGAAGUGAUCUUGAUUGCCAAGCUUCAGCAUCGGAAUUUGGUGAGGCUUCUAGGAUGUUGCAUUCAAGGGGACGAGAAUAUGUUAAUCUAUGAAUAUAUGCCUAAUAAUAGCCUUGACAUGUUUUUAUUCGAUCAAACAAAAAGUAUGCUACUCGAUUGGCGUAAACGUCACAAUAUCAUCAAUGGGAUCGCAAAACGACUCUUGUACCUUCAUCAGGAUUCCCGAUUGAGAAUAAUCCACCGAGACCUCAAAGCUAGCAACAUAUUGCUAGAUUCAGACAUGAACCCGAAGAUAUCAGACUUUGGCCUUGCCCGGAGUUUCGGAGGAAAUGAGACUGAAGCCCACACCCGCAGAGUUGUUGGAACAUAUGGAUACAUGUCUCCAGAAUACGCCGUAGAUGGACUGUUCUCGGUCAAAUCGGAUGUAUUUAGCUUUGGUGUUCUCGUGCUAGAGGUCGUGAGUGGGAAGAGGAACAGAGGCUUCUUCAGCAGCAAUCACAGUCUCAACCUUCUUGGACAUGCAUGGACACUUUACAAUGAAGAGAACGAAUUGGAACUAGUGGAUACUUGUCUAGGUGACUCGUUCGAGAAAUCUCAAGUCUUGAGGCCUCGGGCCAAGCAGCCCGGUUUUUUCACGGAAAGAGAUGUUCGUGCUGCUCAAAGUUCCACAAACAUGAGUGCAUUAGGCUCAAUUAAUGAGGUUACCAUUACUAUGUCGUGCAAACCAAUAUCUUUUUCUGAUUUUGAUAUACUGGAUGACCUUGUAACGUCACUGGGCCACCGAGAAGUUUAA